AUGGCUUCUUGGCGGAGUUUUUUUAUACUUUCUCGAAAAAGGUAUCUCAAGCGGUACUUCGCCAUAAUUACGCUGUUAGGAAGUCUGUCUUUCAUAUUUCUUUACAUACGAUACACGCUUUCUGAAACACUCAACUUUUCCUCCAAGUCAUUUCGUAAUAAUAUUUUGAAGUACGAAGAAGCAGAAGGAGGAAUGUCGUUUUCUGUACAAAAUUUUCCUACAGUCCACACGAACCACGGAAUGAUGAACGAACAUGUCUGGUGGAAUAUAUCUGAAACGGCCAUGGACGCGUUGCGAAACUGGCCACAUUUUGCAAACGUUCCGAACAAGCGUUCUUUCAUAACGGACUUUCAUAGCAGAACAGUCAACGAUUCAACGAAUAAAGGACUAAGAAUUUUUGGUUUUAUCCAUCCGGAAGUUGAUGGCAACUACACGUUUGCUAUCACAUCAAGUGGCCCAUCUGAGCUUUGGUUGAGUCCGAAUGAGCACCCCGCCUGCAGCCAAUUGAUCGGACGUGUCUACUCGCCUGAUGAGUGGGCCUCCACCUUAAAAGAAGAGUAUAACAAAUACCAUGGCCAAAUAUCUAGUGAAAUCUCGCUUUACGCUACCAAGAAAUACUACAUGGAGUCACUUGCAGUGAACAUGCAAAGUUCUGAUGAAACCUUUGUCACGGUUCAUUGGCUGAACACUUCUGCUUCCAAGAACUCGAACUUUAGAAUUAUUUCAUCCAAGUAUUUAUCUCCUUUUUAUGGCACCAAUAGUUUAGAACGAAGUCCCCGCCGGUGCAACAGCAGCACUGAAAGCAAUUUGCAGGAACAAUUUCUUCGUCUGCCACUGAUGAACAGAAUGGAGUACAUGACUUUAUUUCCAACUUGCCCUUACAAUCCCAGUUUCUUGGUGCGAAGAAAGCUCGAACGUUAUCAGGGAGUUUGGCUGACAGUGGGAAAAGAAUCCCGUGUGUUUCCGCUAGACGAUACCGAUAUGUCUAGCAAAGAACAAGUUAAGAAAUGGGCAUCACCCAAUCCUGUAAUAAACAAGAACAGAGUUGAGUGCAUUAUAAACGAGUUUACGUCCAUUUUACGGCGGAAGUAAGUGGCGUUGUUUUCUUAAAAAUUUGACUGAUAUUCAGGGGUAAUUAGGGUGUAUAUAUUUUUUCUUACCAACACGGCUCCGGCUCUUCGUCUUCAACUAUUUCCACAAAUUUUCCAUCAUUGUCUAACGGUAAUGAAUCUUUAACGGUGUCAUACUAAGAUGCACGGCUUAAUUCUCUCUCUUUUUUUUUGUUUUAAUCCCCGGGUGCACGAGGCUACACUAAGAUGUUUUAAUUUUUUUUGGUAGGGGGAAGGGGGGGGGGGGGGAGGGCAGGUUAGAAAUUUACGCAUGAUGUCGAAAUGGAUUGUAUACAAACAACCCCAGCUGCUCUAUAUACAUACCUGCUCCGAAUGUUUGCUAACUAACGAAGCGUUAGCGAAAUUAUUAAGAGUUAUUUGAAACAUAACAAUCGACACUCGCGAUAAGUUGAUACCAUCUUUGUAGAACUAUAUUUACCAUUGACGAUCAAGUUCGAAUCCCCCAUACAAUCUUUGUCGCCCGCAAAAUCGCGGGUCCCAUCACUAUUUGCACGCUCACAAAGGGAGCCGACGCUUGUCGCGUCCUUUGAUACUUUGAUACCAGACUCAAGUGUUAGGGUAUUUUUUCCAUGAUACAAAGGUAAUUUAACUUAAGAAAAUCUAUAGAUCGAAGCUUUCGCGCAACUCUCUGUUUUAUAAGGAAAUACAAACGUUCAAAUUGAUUCUUUAUUUUGACUUCAUAACAUAUUUUAACGAUUUAGGCCAGCAGAAUGUAAAGAAUUCCAGGAAAACAAUUCAGGAAGCCGAACGGUUUUGAACUGCCCUAGAAGUUAUUUUUAUCAGUAUGCAAAUCACCUACCCAAUCACUUACUUUCCAUCGAAUUGAAAUAUCCUGACUUUUUUUUACCACUUUUCGAUUUGAUUCGUUUCAUUUUAUAUUAUUUUGUGCAAGCUGAGUUCUUUCAUGCGAAUUUACGCUUUCAAAAGGAAAAAAACUUCGAGGAAACGUUGUGUUUACAACCACGGCAAUUUGUAUUCUAUUUCGCUUCACUUACGGCAGCUGGACUUUUCCGCGGGUGGCGGGUGGCGGGUUAAAAAUAUAUACGAAAAUAAAAUAUUAUAACAAAAUAUUAUUAUUGAUAAUGAUAUAACUGUAUGUUGUAAUUUUGAAAUUAUUUCAACGUUUACGUACUAGUUACCAGACUCCAAAUAAAAGUAGUCUUGUUUUGUUUUAUCUACUUUAAUACGCGGACUAAAAAUGGAAAAAAAACGAGAAAUCAUGCCUGUGAAAGAUGAUUGCACUUCCCCAACUGUUUAGCCGUGUGUAUAACAGACUGCAAGAGAUUCGGCCUCCCGUGUCGUAGCUCAGUUUUUGCCCUAAUAUGCGGAAUGAUUGCUAUCCUAAUCGGUAUUUUUGAGUAGUAUUUAAAAAAAUGCAGAUCCUUUUUGUAUAUAUAUACAAGGAGAUCAAUUCGCGUCUGAGACGCCACAUGCGGCGAAAACGGUCCAUGCUGUGUCCAAAACGUUCUUGCUCCUUCUCUGGUACGCAUUAACAUUGACAGCUUUGUUGCUUUAGUCUUAGGAAAAUUUCCUUGUUUUCUCGAAAUAGACACUUUGUUCAUUUUAAACUACAAGUCGGGAACCAAACUGACAAAGAUUUAUCCCACGGGCAAUGCAAUGUUUAUCCCAACUUAUAACAAAAGAACAAACGCACUUGUCAAAAAUCUGAGACACUGUUCAAACAUGUCGAGAAGAGAAUGCGAUCUUACUUGUCUGGUCGCAGGAAAAAUAUUACUUUAAUUUUUAUGAGUUCCUCAAGCUAUCUCGUGCAUGCGAUAUCGUGUAGAAUAAUAGAAUCUCUUGCAGUCUGUUAUAUACACGGCUAAACAGUUGGGGAAGUGCAAUCAUCUUUCGUCUUGAGAGGGUCUCAAUGGGGUGGUGGCAUUUACGGUUAUCGGCUAAAAUCUUGGCUCUUUUACGGCUAUCGGUUAAUUUUUUUUCAGUUACGGUUAACGAAAGAGUUAAAAAUUAACUGCUUUUCUUUCAAAAAGUUAAAUAUUAAUUAACCUGUAUUUUUUUGUAUUUUUAAAUCAAAAUAAAGGUCUUCGGAUCAUCUCGGGAUAAAAUAAGCCAUUCUUUUGAAAAAUUUUCACAUUGGAUCGAUCAUACUUUUUAUAAAGUAAUCCACUUCUAAUAUUAUUUUACACAUAGAAAUGUCAAUAGUCAAUUUAAAAAUAAUCUUUGUGAAAAAGCAAAAGCAGACAAGCAAACGCCCAACUCAAGGCCGGGGCGACAUUCAUUAGAACAAAAAUGGCCGUUUUCACACUAGAGAAGGAUUAUUCGUGUGAGACGGGUUAUCCGUUUGAUGAUUCGCGUCAGAUAGGUAAUACGUCUUAAUUUGAAAAUGGAAAAGUUUUAAUUUUGAGUGAACAAUCCGCCUGACUUUUGAAGACGGGAUUAUCCGUUCCAGGUAGCCUUGGUACAGCCGCCCCCUCCCCUCACAAAAAAAUCGGAGAAGGGGUGUCUGUGGGGAGGGCUCGACUGUACACAGGCUAGUCUCGGACGGAUGAUCCAUUUCUAGCUCUAGUGUGAAAACAGCCAAAAACAAAAUUCUCUUGUCCAGUGUUUUUAUGAUAGCGAAGGACUGUACGGAACGACUGUCUGCCGUUGCCUUGUUCGUAGGCCGCAUUAUUCCGCGCGGCUAAUGCGUUUCGGGUCUCGUGGUCCGAGCGAGUUCGCCACCGAAAUGCCUUGACCGAGACUGCGUGGGAAGACGCCGUACAGGGACUAGGCAUAGCAAUGUCUACCGUAGCGUCAGCGGAGAAAAACAGGGAAGUGUUGUUUAUCGGCAACGUGUUUUACAAACAGUGACAUCGCUGCGUGCUGUUUCACUAGUGUUUCGAGGGCACGACCUCCCGAAAAUUGCAGAUAUUAAUCCCCAGUAAGAAGCCACACUUUCGCUAUGGAAAAAAUUAGUUCCCCGAUAUAGCGCCGGAAAUGGAGCCUAGGUCUUGGUUAACACCUAAAAGGCGCUUCGCCUAACGUGCGUACGGAGUCACACUAGCCGGGAAAUAAAAAACACAACCAUAGGUGAGUUUAGUACCUUCCUUAAAAGUAGCAAAUCUAAGGAACACUUUCUUUUACGGUUAACUCUUUUUUACCCUAUUUACGGCUAACGGUUAAAAUUUUUCAAUUUUUACGGCUAUCGGCUAAAUUUUUGGCCGUUUUACGCCCAUCGGUUAACCCCAUUGAGACCCUCUCUUGAUGUGGAAGAAAAAGCAAACUAGACAAACAAGAUCGAAAAGGCAAUGUGUCUUGCUUGACAUAGCCCGUUUUCAUUUGACACACCGCGUGUAGCCUGACGAAACGUCACUUGCGGUGCGGAGCAAGGAGAGGUGACUGUUUUUACAGGCAUGAUUUCUUUUUAGUCCGCGUUAGCCUGCGUAGCAAGCGUUUCCUCGCAAGGUUCGUCAAGAAAACUGGGACAAGAGCAAAAAAAAAUGAAUGACGGGGGAGGGGGAGGGGAAUUUUUUUUGCUUCCGCUCUAACUUUCCCGCGCAAUAACUCGAUUGGAAACGCUUGCUACGCAGGCUAAGUCCGCGUAAGUAGAUAAAACAAAACAAGACAAUACUUUUAUUUGGAGUCUGGUAGCUAGUACAUAAACGUUGAAAUUAUUUUAAAAUAACAACAUACAGUUAUAUCAUUAUCAAUAAUAAUAUUUUAUUAUAAUAUUUUAUUUUCAUAUAUAUUUUAAACCCGCCACCCGCCACCCGCCACCCGCCACCCGCCACCCGUCACCCGCUACCCCUCACCCGCCACCCGCCACCCGCUACCCGUCACCCGCCACCCGUCACCCGCCACCCGCGGAAAAGUCCUGCCGCUUCACUUACGCUUAUAUACAAAUUACUGUUCAUCCGCCAGAUUUCGCUGGAGACAAAAAUAUCGAUUUUGAAUUCCCAAAUGCUUGCCUUUUGGGGCACCCCUUUUAUUUUGGCUAUCAAGAUUUUAAAAGCUAAGCUUCAGACUUUUCAUUCCAACGUUUUAAUGCGGGAAAGCUAGGAGAAAUGCUCCAACUGAUUUAAGUCAUGCAACACGCUUUAAGACCGCAUAACCUGAUCUUUCUGUUAUCUUUUGUUCUUCUAUUGUUUCCAAAACAAUAACGAUGUUUUACCAAUUUCCACCUACAAAUAACAGGACACAUUUGAUUGACAGAAAAAUUUGCAUUUACUAGCGACGCGCGACGCGUAUCUACAGGCGCGAUUCCAUAAUGUUUUACCCCCCUCCCCCUCUUCCCCAAAUUUUACGUACUAAGUAAUUGUUUCCAAAUGCAGUUGUCUGGAGAACUAAAAAAUAAUAGUCUAUGCGGAAACUGAAAUUGGGCGGCGAGCCGAGUGUGUUAUGGAGGAUUAAAAAAUGGAGAACAGGUUUUCGAAGACACAUGACACUGACUUAACAAGGCGAACUAUGAUUUGGCGGAAUUUUCAAAUUGACCUUGUUGCCACUGGUCUGAAAACUCAGAGAGGGUCAAACUAAUCUCGUUCCCAGAUGCCGCGUUAACUUUGGCCAGCGGACUGGCAACAUUGCAGACGUACUCGCCAUUUUCACAUAUACCAUAAUGCACCUUGUAUCCAUUGUUUCCAUUUUCUCUUGCGUAUUAUAGUCUGGUCCCAAGAGAAAUCGAAGACAAUGGUUAUGCAAAACUUUGGGUGGUAAACAAGGGGAAUAAUGGUCUAUGUGAAAAUGGUGAAUAAAGGAAAUCUAACGAGAUGGUCAAACAUUCACAACUCCAGACUCCAGUUGUCCAAAGGUGGAUGAGACACUAUUCCUCUAAUGGUUAUCCACUGGAUGGUGAUUUAUCCGUAGGAUGGUGCUAUCCAUCCUUUGAAGACCCUCUUUGAACCACUGCCACUAGAGCUGCUCUCUAGAUUCAGUAAUGUAGGAGCUGCUCGUAAGGUGUUUCCUCAUUGGUCGCAGAAAACAAUAACACAUAAUUGUUUCUCAUUAUUUCCCUAUUUCAAAAGGUUGAGUUUGAUCGUCCCGGUGAGCGUAGUCCUGAAUAGGACUGUUGUUGUUGACAGUGACUGACGUUUCGACAACCUGUGCGGUAGUCAUGUUCAGAGUCAAAGUGAGUUGUAUCACGUCAGUUGAUGGUAUUAUACUCUGGUUAUUGAUCUGAUUGGUCAAUUAUGUCGCGAUGUUAUUGGUCGUCUGUCAGUUAAGCCGUGAUGUUAUUGGCUAUGAAGACUCGUAAUCAGUGAUUGGUGCGUUUCGAUCCGUCUUUUGUCGCAGUUAAACAGUCGUCUAUUGUUAGUCAAAUUGUUAGUUCUCCAGUUGUUCUCUCGUAGUUAGUUUUGCUUGAUCUCGUCAAUAAGUCGUUUGUACGGCGCUGGUAACUUUUGACUACGAUUCAGUGGCGUUUGUUCUAAAUUAGUAAACCAGCUUUCUAAAGUAAGACGUUGAUAGUAGUCUGUAGAAUACGUUAUACAUGUCGCAGAGUCCCAGUCAAUUUGAUGUUUCGUCUUUAAAUGAUGCUCAGCAAUGUGAUUGUUGACGUCACCAUUCCUCGUCGCGCGUUUGUGUUCGGUCAGUCGCGUGCUUAGGUUUCUGCCGGUUUCACCGAUGUAAGAAGCCUGGCAGUCGCAGCAUUUGAUCUUGUAUACUGCUCCCUGUCUGUCCUCCGGUUUGUCUUUGUCCUUGACAUUAGUAAGCAGUCGCCGUAAAGUGGUUAUCGGUUUGUGCGCAACACGUAUAUUGUAAGGUUGUAAUAUACGUGCAAUAGUUUCAGAGGUGCCUCUGGUGUAUGGUACAGUCGCUGUCGUAACAGGGCCAGAGUUGGUCUGAGAGUUGGAAUUAGUGUUACUGUGAGUGUUUCGUCUAACAAAGUCCGUGUUGUAAUUGUUCUUACUAAAAUCGUUGUUAAGAUAAUCAGUCUCGUCUUGUAGGCUGUCAGGUGAGUCGCAAACUAGUUGCGCUCGUCUCGUCAGAGUCCGGAUAGUAGUAGCCUUGUGAGAGGUCGGGUUGUACGAAGACUGGUCUAGUAAUCGGUCGGUAUGUGUCGGUUUUCUGUAAAUAGUCGUUUUUAGUUUUCAGUACAACGGCAAACACCACAAACAGUUACACGGUACAGCUAUGGGCUCUCCAGUUUCUGUUGUUGUAGCAGAAAUUGUCAUGCAAAACAUCGAGGAACAAGCCCUAGCUACCUACACGCGAACUGUACCUCUUUGGUUACGUUGCGUUGACGCCGUACACAAAGACGGAAUCGACGAUUUUCACGAACACCUUAACGGACAGAACGCGGACAUACAGUUCACCAAGGAGAUCGAAGAAAAUGGUAAGAUACCUUUUCUAGACUGCUUGGUCACUCGCGACAACAACAAACUAAAAACGACUAUUUACAGAAAACCGACACAUACCGACCGAUUACUAGACCAGUCUUCGUACAACCCGACCUCUCACAAGGCUAGUACUAUCCGGACUCUGACGAGACGAGCGCAACUAGUUUGCGAUAACAUCACGGCUAAAACUGACAGACGACCAAUAUCAUCCCGACAUAAUUGACCAAUCAGAUCAAUAACCAGAGUAUAAUACCAUCAACUGACGUGAUACAACUCACUUUGACUCUGAACAUGACUACCGCACAGGUUGUCGAAACGUCAGUCACUGUCAACAACAACAGCCCUAUUCAGGACUACGUUCACCCGGACGAUCAAACUCAUCCUUUUGAAAUGACUCCUCGGGUCAAACCUUUCACUAUUUCUCUAUUGUUUAACGGUUAGGGUAUCGAACCAAUUGGCUUUUAGGGUUAGGAGAGCUGGUAUAUGACCGUCUGGAUCGCUUGACUAUAAGAACGGUCAAAAAGCGACCAAAUGCUCUGCCCUACCCCACCCUGAUGUUCGUCUGUGUAAAACCAGUUAUGUGCUGCUGUAUUUUCAUUUGCUCUUUUUUCAGUGACAUUUUCUUAAAGAAUAUCAAUAACGUGAUUCAAAAACCGGACGCCGAGAAUAGUGAUCGCUUCUUGCUGGAUCUUGAAGUCGCUUUAAAUUGCACAGAUCAAACAUUUAGGUUGACAGAACACGUUUACCAGAAGAAAAAAAGUGAUAGCUUGUGUCUUCCUGAGGGAAUGAUUUGGAAUAACAACGCCACAAUUUAUUUUAUCAUUCCUGUCAAGGAGCAAGGAAAAUGGAUACAUCAUUUCAUCAAACAGGUCACUACUGCAAGUGUAUUGACCGGUGAUACUAAUUUUCACGUCAUUAUCGCUGAUUUUGAAAGCAAAGAUAUUGAUAUAAAAGAAGCAUUUAACACAUCACUUCUUAAUAGGAGGCAUACUGUUGUCCAAUUACGAACUGGAAAAUUUUAUAAGACACUAGCUUUGAACAAGGCUGUUGAAGUCGUACCCAAUGCGCAUGACAUAGUAUUCUUGUUCGACCUGCACAUUGAUGUACCCGUCAAUAUUAUGGAUAGCAUUCGAAAAGUAAGUGUCUCAAAGUGUACGUUUGGGAAUAAAAUUACAUGAAUAGAAAGAUGCAAGUGGAUUGCUUGCAUUUGCGCAUGGCCACUAUUGCUACAAUCUUGGACAAAACUGUUGAGGAAAUUGCAUUCUUGGGGGGCAUUUUUUCUGAACUUCGUAGCCGACCGAUUCUUCCCUCCGCCCCUUCCCCUGGAAGCAGUGUUGCUGGGUCUUCAAAAGAAAGCCGGAUCCCCAAGCAUUUGUAGGAAGCAACUUUGAACUGGGGGAGGGGGUUUUCUUUACGCAAAGCCGUUGAUUUGGUAAUAGUUUUGUUGCGUUAGGUAGCGCGCAUUAAUGAAAACAUUUUCUCCAGUAGUUUUGUCCAGGAUUGUAGCUAGAAGGCCUAUUAAUCAGCUACUAAUCAGGGGCACCCAAGGACGAUUUCCUCCUAAAUUAAUGAAAAACACUUUUUAGGCUAUCUAGAGUACUUUUGGAUCUCUGGAAAUGCAUUCUAACCGGCGCUAUAAAAUUUGUAUCUGUUCGUUCAUCAUAGGGGAACUUGAGUCUUUUCGAAAUAACAGGGGCUUCAGUAUUAUUUUCCCGAAAUUUUAGAUGCAAUUCAACGUUUUACGAAAGUGAGGAUUUUUCUGAUGCUUCUCUCCAUCACAUUUUCGAAUUCGAAAAUUUUUGUUUUCCUUUUUUGCAAGAAAAAUAGCCUAACCUGGGUAGUGAAAUAAGAAAAUUAAACCUCAUAAAAUCGUAGGGAAUUUAUUGGAUAAGCCUCGAAAAUUGUACAUGAAUGGAACGAUCAUUUAGAAGUAUUUAGCCGUCCUCAAGCAAUCGAAAAUUUUAGGCAAUAUUUGCUUCCUCGAACAGACAUACAGAAAACCAUCUUUGGGUACCCCUGACUAACCUUAGUUCAAAUUUUAAUCCACCUGGUAACAAAAGUGAAUAACAAAAAACAAAACUGAGUUUAAGGACUAAACAAUAUUUUGAAAGUUGGUUGAUGACAUUAAGUCUAACUUUUUAAUUUAACAUGCUACGGAUGAUAACCCAUACGGAGUAGAGUUUCUUCAUAUCCAGGGAAAAUACUCUACUUGAAAAAGGGCAAGUGUACUAAAGUGGAAAAGGCUUCCACAUAAGAGAGAUUUUGUUUUCCUUAAAAACGUUAAUCAAUGCCCAAAAAAGCCAGUUUGUGGAGCAAGUUAUCGACAGGAAAUGUGACAAAUAUAGGUUAGCAACAACUAAACAGAUUUAAAGGACAAACCUACUCCAGUUGUCGAAAAUUGAUUAAUUCCUAGUUUUUAAACAGAAACGCUGCGCUCCCAGACGACAUGCUCUUCCCGUCGUUUCUUUUUGUCGCGUGAUCUUGAAACGAGGGGUUAGGGUUAAGCAGAGUGGCUUUGGGGACGAAGAUGCCCAGACGAGCACUCGUAUUCCUAAUAGCAUGCGCAGUAAUACUCGUUGCCAUGCUCUUAAGAAAAAAUUCCAAGUUGUCCACAAGUUUAUCCUCUAUUGUGGGGCACUUCUAUCUAUCUCACUAAUAAUUGUGGAUAUCUUUUACUUGUUUAUGACGUUAGCUUGAGAAAACAGCCGACAUUUGGCGACGCUACCACUGGUUUCCCGCCAAAUAACGUCUGAGAAACGAGCGCAGAAAUUCCAUACUGAUGACGUGUCACUACCCAGAUAUCGGGGUAGUGCUUCUGAUUGGUUGAAUCAAAUUUCCGACGCGGCAAGAUCAAUCAGAAGCACUACCCAGAUCUGGGUAGUGACGCGUCAUCAGUAUGGAAUUUCUGCACUCGUGUCUCAGACGUCAUUUGGUUUAGGAAACCAGUGGUAGCGUCACCAAAUGUCGGCUGUUUUCUCAGGCUAUAGUGACGUGAGUUGUCUCAAGUCUGUACACGGAGACCCAAACUUUCCUGAGCAUACAAUCGCACUAAACAUUCAUUCUGAAGCAGUGAUGUAUAUAUCACUUUACAGAACACCAUAGCUGGUAGAAUGGUGUAUUUUCCUAUAGUUGGUCGCCUUAAUUGUAACAGUGAUUCAAAGGAACAUCGAGGGUUUUGGCAAAUGGAUGGGUUUGGUCUUAUGGCAAUGUACAAGUCAGACUGGACAAAAUUAGGAGGUAUGCAAUAUGUGAAACUUAACGAAAGUUUAAAGUUCUAUAUAGAAUUAGAAGCAGAAGCCACGAACGGAAAACGUGUGCUGGUGCCAGUUUUUUUACAUUUAACCGGUGGCUGAAUUGCGAAAACCAAAAGUAAGAUUGGACAGCAGCAUUACCGCUUGAAUGUAUGUAUGAACUCAUCCCUAACCCUAAUCCUAACCCUAACCACCCAGACCAAUGAAGGCACAUAUAAGAUAAACUACUAGGACACCGAUGUAAAGAGCGUUUUCACAUGACGUCACGGCCGCCAGAUUGGUGUUCCAAAGCAAUGAAACGGCGGCCAUGUUGGUGUACUAAGACAACCCUGUCGGAAUUGAACUCUUUUCUUAUGUAAAAACGUUCUUUUGUUCCAAUGAAUUAGCAUAGAUGCUGGCCACGUGAGUGAAAACACUCUAUAUUUCCCCAGCGAUUUGAAAAAUUUCAUGAGCUUUUUUAUGCUCCCUUUUAAUUAACGUGUAAGGGUGAAUGAGACGAGGCCGAAGAUCUAUCAUUACUCCGCAAUGACAUGCAUGUACGAUUUUAAAGGUAUUACUUGUAAUUGGAUUAAAUUACAAACGAGAUAAAAGAACCCUUUUACUUACCAGUUAUUUUAAAAGUUGCUUCAAUUUGUCUCUGAUCUAUUUGUUUGAAAAACUUAUCUUUGCCCAAACAGGAAUGAACACUUCAGCCUACCAAUACAAAUGGGGCGGAGAAGACUGGGAUCUAAUCGAUCGCGUCUUGAUGAUGUCACUUGAAGUUGAACGAAUCAAGCACCCAGGCCUCUAUCAUCACUGCCAUCCAAGACAAGGGAUGUGGAAUUAGGCCGGCCCACGUGACAAGGGUUUCCACUCGAAUUAAAGCGCGAAACUGAGUUGGAAGGAGGGCAAUAAUGUUUGCUGCGAAGGCUAGAAUUAGGCUGUCAUAUCUGGAUAAGUCCCUUAUGAGUAUCCCAGAUGUGACAGCCUGAUUAAUAAUUUUCUCCUUUCCCUUCUCGCACGUGUCUCUACACGGUUCAAAGCAUUCAGAAAAUGGGGACGGCGUGAGGAAAUUUGAAAAAAGAAAGACAGUGAGGGGUGGGGUUGGUUCGUGCAAUAAAAGCGUUCCCAACCCUGUCCUUCCUUCCUACAUUGUUGUUCUUGCUCCGCUUUCCUUUCGCACCACUCUCCAAUAUCUAAACACCUAGAACAGGCUGGCAUGUCUCGCAACUAGCACUCACCCGCCUGAAAACCCACAAAACACCUGUUAUGCGAGCUAACAUUGUCAGAUCUGGGAUAACCAUAAGCUAACCUCGUCCCCGGGGCUUUUCCGCCUAAAAAAAUGGAAAAACCCUGGGGAAGAGGUUGCUUAUAAGCGACAUAUAUGACGCAUCUCGGAUUUAUUUCGUGAUUUUAUGAACGAUGGACACCACAGUUUCGUGUUAAUGGCAAGAGUUGGCCUUUUUUUUAAAAAUAAAUUCAUUGUCAUUUUGAAAAAAUGGGGAAAAAUGCAGUGCAAGGAGCAACAGUUAAAAGCUAUAAAGAAAAUAGAUAAAACGAAAUUAUAGUGAAAGUUAUAGGAGAAAAAAAAUGAUAGAAUUGGCCUUGUGUCAAUUACACAAUUUUUAAACUGAAAAAUAGUGAACUGGUCAACGCCAAGUACCCUGUCUACACUGAUGUCUGUAGGACUGUAUGUCGCAAUGGAAGUUCUAUCAUAAUGGGCGGCCACUUCGCAAUUGCUCGUUUCUCAGACGUCAUUUGGCGGGGAAACCAGUGGUAGCGUCGCCAAAUGUCGGCUGUUUUCUCAGGCUACAUGACGUCAUCAAAUGUUCAAAUUAGAGAGUUAUCGAUCCUUCUGAGUUCUUACUUGUCUUACUUUCAUAAAGUAUUACAGCAGCUAAAAACUAAUAUUCAUACCUGUGGCUGUGUAUAACUGAAUAUCUUACCAGUGAAAACCUAACAGAAAAGGUGAAAGACCUUUCAAAGGUUUUGGCUAAAAUUCAGUCCACCUGGC